AUGGGGCUCUGCUGUGGCAGGAGUGCGCUGCCGGUGGUGGAUGACACGGGGCGGAAGCACCGCGCCCUGCACCCGAAGGUCAGCGUCCCUUCGCUGCCCACCGUCGAGUUUGACGUCAUCGCCCCUGAAGGCACCGUUGACUUGACGUUGAGUAUGGUGCGCGGGGGCGGCCCCGGCGCGGCCUUGUUCUUGGACGACAGCCUCCACACCGUGAGCGAGUUCAGCCUCACCUUGGCCGACUACAAGGGUCAGAGUCUCUCCGGCACGCUGCGCGAUGAGGCGGGACGGAGCCUCGUGACGAACGGACUGAGUGAGGUGCUGCCGGGGCAUGUCGAACACUUCGUUUCCCGCCUCUUGGAGAUGACGAAUGCGGAGCCUGUCAAUAUUCUCGAGGAGAGUGUUUGUGCCGCCUCCAUCUCCACACUCAACCAGACACGCCGCUCCCGCUAUCAAAGCGGGGGCUCGUUCGCAAACGCACUGACAGCGGAGCAGAGACUAUAUAUGGAUAAGGCACGUAGCACGGAGGAGCGCAUGGCGCGCCUGGUGGAGCUUGAGCAAACGUCGCGUAAAGAUAUAUGCAGCGCGUGGAAUAUGAACAAUACAAUGCUCUUUCUGGGGUGGAAGGGCGCGCUGCCGACGCUUCGUCGGCUACGUGACGGCCCCCAGUCAAGGAAGCGCAAGGCGGCUCGGGAGGUGCUUGUCAUACACGCCAAGGACAUUGACCUGCAGCUGGAGGAAGAUAGGCCGCGGGAAAAUGGGGCUGCCUACGAAGGGGCGUUGGGUCGCCGGCGCGAGGGCGACGAGGGCGGGGUCACGUUCUCCCCCUGCGAGGCAACCGAGGCGGCUUCGCGGCCCAAAACGGUGGCGGAGCACUAUCAGCUCUUGGCGCUUACGGCAACCGAGGUUAGCAUCACGGCCAGUGUCCAGGCCCAGGUUGUACACGAGACGUGGGACUUCCUCUCACUGCCCGAGGCCGCGAAUCACCUUAACACGGGGAAUGUUUUCUUUAGAUUUGUAUGUAGUCCUGUCCGGCACCUGCAGAGGGAGAGUCUUGAGCUCAUCGACACCUUUAUCAACGUGAGCAGCUUUGUCGAUGAGGUGCAGGAGAACAACGUCCCCAAAAUUGACAUUUUUCUGCCGGAUGAGCAGGACAAGUACGUGAGCAUCCUGGUGAAGACGAUGUACCUCCUGCCCGGGAUUCGCCUCGCCCAACUCAACGUUGACCUGCUCUCCUCGCUGGACUACCAGCGCAACUGCCAGCCAGGGAACAACAAGUUUGAGAACCCGGAGGAGCCACACACGUUUCGCACAGUCAAGACCGUGAUCCGGUUUGUCUUCAGCGUCACCAUCCAGAUGAAGGUGAGCGAGGUGAGUGACCCGGCGUUGCUGGAGAGAUUCCGGGACGUGGACGGGAUGGUGCCUGCGAAGGUGCUGCUGCUUGAGCGGACCAAGCGGAACAUUCACAAGCUGGACUCCACCGUGAAGGUCCGCUCUGUGCUGCUGUACUACCCGGUGAAUGCCGGGCUGCUGGUGACGAACGUGACCAUCGUGCUCAACACCUCGCUCCCCACUGUUGUGUCGUCGCUCAUGCACACAUUCGGCUCUCAGGGCGCCACGGAGGCGGCGCAGACGGCGAAGCAGACGCGCCGGUAUCUCAUCCACCGAUUCGGCGACUCACGAUCGUAG